AUGUCUUUCUUCAGUUGGGCUAAGAGCGGACGAGAAAACGCAGAGCACUCGGGACGCAAUUUACAAGAUGGCCUCUUCCAAAUAGCCUCCCAAGCUUGUCACAUACUUGUGCAGGUUAACAAUACUCACAACGUCAGUUACGGAGGCAGUAACACCGUGACCAAUGUGGCUUACUCAAAGUACCCAUCAAGCUCACGCGGUCCAUCAACCGGGAGUUCGCCAAUGGGUGCAUCGGGCUCCGGUAAAUCGUAUCCAUCAACCAGCAGUAAUUCGCACCAACACUUGGAGACUCCCAGACGAGCCAAGGAUCAAGAUGUCGUCGUUCUAUUGCCCAGUCGUAAAAGCCGGACUCCCAGGGUGAAGCACAAGCUCUCGGUAAGUAACUUCUCUGCCAUACCUGUUAGCACGUAAAGACUAAUAUGUAACGUGUAAU